AUGGCGGGAGAGCGGAACAUUCUACUCCUACUAGGCUGUGCUGCGUACGUUGCGGGGACACUCCCGCCGCCCACAGACAUUCAGAUCUCGGCGCUGGGCCUGGGGAGGGUCAAUGUGAGUUGGACGUACAACCCCCCCCAAGAAGGACAUCACGUAUUGGGUGAAGGUGAAGACCCCCGGACCUGGAGGACACGGAGGAGGAGGAGUCGGAAUACCCCAGUGACACCUUCGUCAUGUUCGAGUGGCUGGCCGUUCCCCGUGGUCUGAGUGUGGAAGUGGCAGCGAUAGUCAUGACAAGCGGAGAUCACGGAGGUUAUGAAGUUGCACAAGAGAUCGGAGAAUGGGCCUCAGCAGAUCUGCCGCCACUUCCAGGAGAUGAAGGGACGGCGCCAACAAACCUCAGGUGUAGCUUACACUUCGAUGAGCCUGGGAGGUGUUGGCUUCACUGUGAUUGGCUCCCUGGAGAGAAGGCUCCAUUGGAUACACAGUAUUACCUUUGCUUCAGACAUUUGUAUCGGACUCAGAAUUGCCUCAUCUAUGUGACGGAGCCGGGAGGGGGGAGAUCGAUCGGCUGCCGAACUCUCUUCAGUGACACCAGGUUAGAUCUGUUCUACUUCCUGGUUCACAUCAACGGGUCCAGCCAGAGCCGGCAGAUCCGCGCCACGGAACACGUACUUCACAUUCUGGAGGCAGAAGUGAUCCCUCCAGUGUGGAAUCUGAGCAUACAGGAGCACAAAGGCCUGAGCUGGACGAAGCCCAUCGGGUCCAUGCCGGACGAUUGCUUCAACUACCAGAUCAACAUCUGGUCAAAGGGCAAAAACGAAACGAUCAUAGUCGGCAAAGACCAGAACUUUUGGAAUGAAGAUCUGAAGGAGCCCCCCAACAAGGUCCAUGUGCGGGUCAGAGCGGUGGGGAAGUUGCCCUGCUGGAGGAUGGAGAAGUACAGCUCCUGGACGGAGGUCCUACAUGUAGAGGAGAAGGAUGAGGACAUGCUGUGGAUCACACUGACCGUGUGUCUUUUUCGUAGCGUGCCUGGCUCUUUUUUCUGCUCUGCCUACGGU